AUGAGGGCUUCUGCAGUUUUUUUCUUGAUAGCAAUUUCUUCAAUAGGACAUGCCAGUGUACCAAACUUUGCUCAACUAUAUAGGGAAACUGAAGAUUUGAUAAAGCUGUCUAAAACUUACCAGAGAUUGGAAAAUAAUGAUGAAUAUUUUGCCAAUUUUGAUCACAGUAAGAAGCCACUGGAUUUUGGAACUUUUGACUUUAUAGUUGUCGGUGCUGGAACAGCGGGUGGUAUUGUGGCCAAUAGAUUAUCAGAAUCCAAUUUCAAGGUCUUAUUAGUUGAAGCAGGUCAUCAAGAUCCAGAUACUGCGUCGGUGCCAGGCCUUAGCUCAUAUUUUUUUACAACGCCUUUGGAUUGGGGUUACAAUACAACUGAAGAAGAUAAAAUUUGUCUUGCAACAAUAGAUAAACGUUGCAUUUAUCCGAGAGGUAAAAUGUGGGGUGGAACAAGUAGCCUUAAUGGAAACGGUUAUAGUAGGGGCACCAAGUGGGAUUAUGAUGCUUGGGCAGAAAUUGUUGGCAGUAAUGACUGGUCUUAUGAAAAUGUUUUACUUUAUUUCAAAAAAGCCGAAAAAGCAAUGUUUAAAAUCGGAUUGGAUGAAAGUUAUCAUGGCUUUAGUGGCCCCCAGCGUAUAGAUUUUAUAGAAGACACGCCAGGAUUGACUUCAAUGUUAUUGAGAGCUUUCAAGGAAAGAGGCUCAAUUGAGGUGGAUUAUAAUGGACGGAACCCUUAUGGCGUCAGUAGACUCCAAUAUUUUUUAGAUAGAAAUGUCCGUGCUGGAACUGCGCAUACUUACAUUAGACCAGCGGCUGAUCGACCGAAUUUGCUCAUAAGUGACAAUUCAUUGGUAACUAAAGUUAUUAUUGCAAAUAAUAGAGCAGUGAGUGUAGAGUUUAUGAAAAAUGGAAAACUCUAUUUUGCUCGGACUUCCAAGGAAGUUAUUCUGUCUGCUGGUGCCAUAAAUACACCACAAAUUUUAAUGCUAUCUGGCAUUGGUCCUUCACAAGAACUAAAAAAACAUGACAUAAAACUUGUUAAAGAUCUGCCAGUAGGGCAAAAUUUACAAGAUCACAUAGCAGUUUAUCCAAUAUUUUUCAGGACUCGUUACACGUACUACAAUUUGACACUAAAAGAACAACUAAAAUUAUGAUUCAAUGAGGAAUUCACAGCUGCAUACCAAAUUCUCAACGAGCACACUGAUUUUUCCUUUCAAGUUUUUCUGCUACAUCCUGAAUCCCAAGGAGCAGUAACACUUCAAUCAAAUAACCCACGAGAUUAUCCUUUGAUAGACUUCAAUUUUUUUGCCGUUGAAAAAGAUUUAGAAACAUUGUACCGAUCAAUCGAAUGGUUAUUGGACAUACAAAACACCAAAGCUUUCAAAAACUUCAAAGCAGAGCGCUUGUUUGUGCCCAUGCCGGGAUGUGACGAAAAUUACAAAAUAGAUUCUAAAAAGUGGUGGUAUUGUGUGCUAAGACACAUUGGGUCUCCUGGCUUCCAUCCUAUUGGUUCGGCAAUAAUGGGUUCAGGUCCCUGGAACUCUGUAACCAAUCCAGAACUUAAAGUUCAUGGAAUUCACGGGCUUAGAGUUGCAGAUGCUAGCGUUAUUCCAGUCACUAUUGCUGGUCAUACGACUGCGCCUUGUGUAAUGAUUGCAGAAAAAGUGUCGGAUCUUAUCAAAGCUGAGCAUGAUCAAUAA